AUGAAUUAUUUUGAUGAUAAAGGAAUUUUGUAUAGGAAUAGUAACAAUAAUAAUGGAGUCCCUAUUUUAUUAAUUAAUAAUCAAUCAAAAUCAAUUGAAAUUACAGAGCAUGCAAUGAAAUUAUUGAAACCGUUUGGAUUUCGUUCAUAUGAAAUCAUUACUUCUUAUGACGUUUUCAUUUCAAAUCUAUCAAAGUAUAGAUUAUCUAAUAUAGAAUUCGAAAAAAUCAUUUCUAGUUUCAGCAACAAAUUCGGAAAAAUCAUAAUUGAGAAAUGUCCUAUUGAUGUGAAUUCAAAGAACAACGAUAUUUUAUGCCAAAAGAAGCUUGUUAUGAUGUCUCCGGCAUUCAUUAAUCCAUUCAUUAAUGAAAUUAAAGGAGAAUUGUAUAAAAAUGCUCCAAAGCGUUUGAUUAUUCCACCAGAUGUUGCUCCAUCUAUUAUUGUCAGAGUUCCUAUUGUUAUGAAAGCUGUUUUCGAUUGGGUAAAAGAGAAUAAACUCAAUCUAAAAUUAGAUAACGGUGCAAUUUUUGGUAAAACAAAAGAUGUGGAAAAUGCCUUGAAUUUGAUGAAAGUCAAUAAACCAAAAAUACCAUUCAAAGCAUAUCCAAUUCCUCAUGGAUAUGAUAUCAAUAGAUUAGCUUUGAGCAAAAAGAGGUACUAUUUUGUUAACAAAGCUACCAAAGAACUAUUUGUACCAGACACAGAAACAGAUGAAAACAUAUUAGAGUAUCUCCAGCAAUUCCAAAAUGAUACUCAGUCAAAAACAGACAAAACACUAGGCAAUGAUGAAAUUCCUAGCGUUCUUGCAGAUGAAAUUGGAUGCUGCGAAAAUCCAGCUACACAAUCAAAGAAUCCUGUGAAUAUAUUCUUCAAAGAUGGAACAGUUGUUUCACGCCCAAUUUGUCUCACCUGUGCAAGAGAUGCAAUUAAAUAUUCAUCACUCAAAAAUUUAAUUGAUCAAAAUGAUGAGAUCAAAAUUGAUGAAUUAUUAGAAGUUUCUGAAAUUAUUGACGAAUUCUCAUUAUAUCCUUGCACUAUUGAUACAACAACGCAAAUUUAUUGGCCAAUUAUUCCGUUUUGUCAAUUCAUGUGGACAUUAUUGUCAUCUCCAAUAUCUAGUCAAACAGCUCGAGCAUACUUCACUGUUAUAGUUUCGAUUAUGAUUCACAAAUCCCCAAUGUUUGUGUUUUGCCCAAUUCAUCCUAAAUACUUGUAUAAUGCAUCAAUCAAAAAAUGUAGAUGCUUGGUUGAAGGAUGCAAUCAAAUACUCUGUAUAUAUUGCAAGCAGUGGCAUGCGAAAAAUGAUAAAUGUCCUGCCAAAGAAUUACUUACCAAAGUACCUCCAGGAUUUCGCAAGUGUCCAAAUUGUGGUCAAUUUGUUGAAAAAACGAGUGCAUGCAAUCAUAUUUCUUGCAGCUGUGGAAAACAUUUUUGCUACUAUUGUGGCGCUGGUCCAUUUAACACAAGUGACGAAUGCUAUGAUCAUAUGAGUAAGACAGAAAAUGUUGAAAGAUCGCCUGGUAGGCAUUGGGAAUUCCCUCCUGAUUGGUAUAGGUAUAUUGAGAAACCCCAUCCUGUCUCUGAUGAUGUUUUGAACAGAUUUUUUGAUGCCUACCCGCAAUUUAGGCCUGUAUAA